AUGAAAUUCCUAGUCCUUCUCGCCGUUGUGGCUUACGCCGCCGCUGAGGGCGUCAAAUAUGACGAAUCUGCUGCCAGCAUCGUCAGAUCCUCCUUCGACAGCAGCCCUGAAGGAAACUCUUUCAGCUACGGCUUCGAAAGCAACAACGGCAUCAAAGCUCAAGCUGAUGGUGUUGUAAAGAACCCCAACGGUGAGAACCCCGCUCUUGAAGUUAAGGGAUCAGUCAACUACAACUCUCCCGAUGGAACUCCCGUUGAAUUGGUUUACGUAGCAAACGAAAACGGAUACCAGGCCUCUGGUUCUCACGUACCCGUGCCACCUCCAAUCCCAGAGCUGAUCCUCCGUAGUCUCCAAUACAUCGCCGAACACCCCGCCCCCGUUGAGCGUGUAGUCAAGAAGAACUAA